AUGGGGUUCUGGGUGGACUGGGAGCUAUGGGUGAAGCUGAGUGUGGUACUGGCCAUGCUGAUUGUCCUGACGCUCUUCUGCGCCUUUUGUGUCCUGGGCUGGAAUCGCUGGAUGAUGAACAAAUACGCUGCGAAAGAGGCAAAAGAACGAGAGGAAGAAGCUGAGGUGUACCCAAUGCUGCACAAGGAUGACAUCCCUUUCGGCGCCAGAGCGUUGGAGGGAGGAAUAGAAGUUGAAGGGAUCUGGAUUUCAGAUCCCAACACCCCGACGCAAAGUCCGUGCCAGCCUGCAACUCCAGUUGCAAGUCGGCCGGCCAGUCCAGCACCAAGGUCGCUGCACAAAACCGUUGACACGCCCAGGUCCUCGGUGGGAUCUCUGCGUUCCAUGAUCAGCCCAAAGCCUAUGCCACCGGCUGCCCGACGUGAAGUCGUUUCCGAGCUUGACCUAGCUUCCGCAGGCUUCACGUACGAGAACCACAGACCUGGUGGACUUUGUAGUCGAGCCAGUCUGCCCAUCAACCCAAAUGCCAUGCGCAUGUCACCUGCACGAGAGGAGUCACUGAUCGGCAUGAAGGGCACAACAGGUAACCAAAAGCGGAGCAGCUUCCACAAGCGAAUAUUCGGUACAACAUCUGUUCCGGACACGAAGGACUGCCGAGUAGGAUCGGAUGGUGCUGAUGAUGACAUGAACAAUGUCCCGGACAUCAGUGAGUCGUCUUCUGUUCUUUCAUCGGAGAGCAAGCGGAGCUCAGGACCCAUUAAACGUCUUCGCCGGCGAUCAUCCGAAGAGUUCCGACGCAAAAUGAGCCAGAUCUUCAACGACAAUAUCCAACUCGGGCUCCCAGACGAGCAGCUGGAGUUCAACCCGGCUCUGCGCCAGUAUCAGAAACGGGUCCGGAAGUCGUUGCUUCGUCCUUUUCGUCCGUGGCUCAAUGAUCCUGAAAAUCAAUAG